AUGUAUUCUGGCUCCUUGUUUGACCUCCUACAGUCCCACUGUGAAAUCAGCCUGAGCUGCUCAGUGCACAACAAGCCCUCUCCUAGCCUCAGCCCCAGACCUCCAGGAGUCACCCCAGCCCCAGACCUCCAGGAGUCACCCCAGCCCCAGACCUCCAGGAGUCACCCUACCCUAGACCUCCAGGAGUCACACCCCCCCCCCAGACCUCCAGGAGUCACCCCCAGACCUCCUGGAAUCACCCUACACCCAGACCUCCAGGAGUCAGCCUACCCCCCAGACCUCCAGGAGUCACCUCAGCCCCAAACCUCCAGGAGUCACCCUAUCCCCCAGACCUCCAGGAGUCACCCCAGCCCCAGACCUCCAGGAGUCACCUCAGCCCCAAACCUCCAGGAGUCACCCUAUCCCCCAGACCUCCAGGAGUCACCCUACCCUAGACCUCCAGGAGUCACCCCCCAGACCUACAGGAGUCACCCCAGCCCCAGACCUCCAGGAGUCACCCUACUCCCCAGACCUCCGGGAGUAACCCCAGACCUCCAGGAGUCACCCCCAGACCUCCUGGAAUCACCCUACACCCAGACCUCCAGGAGUCACCCUACCCCCCAGACCUCCAAGAGUCACCUCAGCCCCAAACCUCCAGGAGUCACCCUAUCCCCCAGACCUCCAGGGGUCACCCCAGCCCCAGACCUCCAGGAGUCAUUACCUCAUGAUGUUCCACUGACUCUCUCUCUCUCACCCCCCACACUUUCUCUCUAUCAAUUCAAUUAA